GUGCCACCCCACCUCUCAGUCCCCGCGCCGGCGUCCGCGCCCUCGCGCCGCAGCAGCAGCAGCAUCCCGAGACCCCGGCCUGGCCGCGCCUCUUCGAGCCCUCAGCCUGCGUCUCCUUCGCCCGCUGCGUCUCCGCCGCCGCCGCCGCCAUUCCUGGCGCCCAGACCGCCGCGGAGGAAGCGCCCCAGACUCUGCAUCUGACAGAGGGAGGAAACCGAGACCUGGUUGCUGAAAUGUCUGCCCGCACUGAGGAUUAGACUAGAGGUUUUUGAGGACUCCGGUCUUGAAGAGGGCAGAAGAUCUCCAGCAGCACAAGAUAUAGGACUCCUUCAGAGGCCCAGCAGAAGCUUCAGUGGUCUUGAACGAAGGUGGUGGGGUGCAGCCCACUUCUCACCUGGCAAGCGGGGCAAUGUGGGUUCUUAGGGACUCUGCCAUUCACCAGCUCUGUGCUGUGCUGCUGGUGUUGGCCUGGGGGCUCUGAGCUGUGUCACCUGCCACAGACUCCUGCUGCCCAUGAGCGUUUGCUGCUGGAGACCUUGCCGAGGGCCCCACCCAUGAGGAUGUACGGUACCACUGCGGGGCUGCUCUCAGCCCUGGCGCUGGUGUUCGAGGUGGCAGUGGCGUUUUCACCCAUACCCCGGAUUACCUGGGAACACAGAGAGGUGGGGCUGGUGCAGUUCCAUGAGCCUGGGAUCUACAACUACUCAGCCCUGCUGAUGAGUGAGGACGAGGACAUCCUAUACGUGGGUGCCCGGGAAGCAGUCUUCGCAGUGAGCGCACUCAAUAUCUCCUGGAAACAGCACGAGGUGUACUGGGCAGUCUCAGAAGAGAAGAAAGCAAAGUGUGCGGAGAAGGGGAAAUCCAAACAGACAGAAUGCCUCAACUAUAUCCGAGUGCUGCAGCCACUCAGCUCCACUUCUCUGUAUGUGUGUGGGACCAACGCGUUCCAGCCCACCUGUGACCACCUGAACUUAACGUCCUUUAAGUUUCUGGGGAGAAAUGAAGAUGGCAAAGGAAGGUGUCCCUUUGACCCAGCGCACAGCUACACAUCUGUCAUUGUCGAUGGAGAGCUAUAUUCUGGGACAUCGUAUAAUUUUUUAGGAAGCGAACCCAUCAUCUCCCGAAAUUCUUCCCACAGUCCACUGAGAACAGAGUAUGCAAUCCCUUGGCUGAAUGAGCCGAGCUUUGUCUUCGCUGAUGUGAUCCGAAGAAGCCCAGAUGGCGCGGAGGGUGAGGAUGACAGGGUCUAUUUCUUCUUCACGGAGGUUUCAGUGGAGUAUGAGUUUGUAUUCAAGUUGAUGAUCCCACGCAUCGCCAGGGUGUGCAAGGGGGACCAGGGUGGCCUGAGGACCCUGCAGAAGAAGUGGACCUCCUUCCUGAAGGCCCGACUGAUCUGUUCCUGGCCGGACAGUGGCCUGGUCUUCAACGUGCUGCAGGAUGUGUUUGUGCUGCGGACCCCGGGCCUGAAGGAGCCGGUGUUCUACGCACUCUUCACCCCGCAGCUGAACAAUGUGGGGCUGUCGGCGGUGUGUGCCUACAACCUGUCCACAGCGGAGGCCGUCUUCUCCCGUGGGAAGUACAUGCAGAGUGCCACGGUGGAACAGUCCCACACUAAGUGGGUGCGCUACAAUGGCCCAGUGCCCUCUCCUCGGCCUGGAGCGUGCAUCAACAGUGAGGCUCGGGCAGCCAACUACACCAGCUCUCUAAACUUACCUGACAAGACGCUGCAGUUUGUCAAAGACCACCCUCUGAUGGACGACUCAGUCACUCCAAUAGACAACAGGCCUAAGUUGAUCAAAAAGGAUGUGAACUACACGCAGAUCGUGGUGGACAGAGCCCAAGCCCUGGACGGGACCGUGUAUGACGUCAUGUUUGUCAGUACAGAGUCGCCCCUCUUUUCUAAGCAUCUUGCUGAGCAUGUGAAGGAUCGUGGAGCCCUGCACAAAGCUGUGAGCCUCGAGAAUGAGGUGCAUAUCAUUGAGGAGACUCAAAUUUUCCCAGACUCCGAGCCGGUGCAGACUCUGCUGCUGUCCUCGAAGAAGGGCAGGAGGUUUGUCUAUGCUGGCUCCAACUCGGGUGUGGUGCAGGCCCCUCUGGCCUUCUGCAGGAAGCACAGCAGCUGCGAGGACUGUGUACUGGCGCGGGAUCCAUACUGUGCCUGGAGCCCAACCACAGCUGCCUGCGUCUCUGUACACCAGACCGAGGGCCCCAGCAGGGGGUGGAUUCAGGAGAUGAGCGGUGAUGUGUCCUCGUGCCCGGAUAAGGUUAAAGAAAGUUACCGGCAGCAUUUUUUCAAGCACGGCGGCAUGGCGGAACUCAAAUGCUCCCAAAAGUCCAACCUAGCCCGGGUGGUGUGGAAGUUCCAAAACGGUGUGCUGAAGGCUGAGAGCCCUAAGUAUGGUCUUGUGGGCAGGAAAAACCUGCUCAUCUUCAACCUGUCGGAAGGAGACAGUGGGGUGUACCAGUGCCUGGCAGAGGAGAGGGUCAGGAACAAGACGGUCUCCCAGGUGGUGGCCAAGCACGUGCUGGAGGUGAAGGUCCUCCCUCGGACCCCAGCGGCCCCCACCGCACCAGUCUCUCAGGCAGAAGGAAGCAAGGCCGCCCCCAGGGUGCCUGCAGCGUCUACCCAGGGGUCUUCUCCCCUGACCCCGGCUGUACGGGCCACCUUUCCUGGGGCCAUCACCCCGCCUCCCAGGCCCACACCCACCAGCACUUCCUGCGAGCCAAAAGUCGUCAUCAACACGGUCCCACAGCUGCACUCGGAGAAGACAAUGUAUCUCAAGUCCAGCGACAACCGCCUCCUGAUGUCCCUCUUGCUCUUCACCUUUGUUCUCUUCCUCUGCCUCUUUUGCUACAAUUGUUACAAGGGCUACCUACCUGGGCAGUGCUUAAAAUUCCGCUCGGCUCUGCUGCUCGGGAAGAAGAAGCCCAAGCCAGAGUUUUCGGACCUGGAGCAGAGUGUGAAAGAGACGCUAGUGGAGCCCGGCAGCUUCUCCCAGCAGAACGGAGAGCAGCCCAAGCCAGCCCUGGACACCGGCUAUGAGACGGAGCAGGAUACCAUCACCAGCAAAGUCCCCACAGACAGGGAGGACUCGCAGAGGAUUGACGAGCUCUCCACCAGGGACAAGCCAUUCGAUGUGAAGUGUGAACUGAAGUUCGCAGACUCGGAUGCAGAUGGAGACUGAGGCCAUGUCCCUUUGUGGGGAGUUUUGUGUUUAACCUAUUCAGUAACUGAGUCUCGAGUCUCGUCACCGUGCAGCGAUCCUUAGUCCUCUGUUUCUCUUGGGUUGAGCCUGUGACUUGUUCCUCUUUGUGCUUUGGGAAAGCGACAAGCAUUGAGUCCUGGGCUCGAGUCCCCAGUGGGUUGGAGCACUUGGAGAUCUCUGAGUGGGUGGCAGCCCUGACGUAUCUGAGCCCCUUGUGUCACGGGGAGAGAUGGCUUGACUUCUGGCUGAGAAGGAUUCCUUCUUCUUCCCCUCCUCGUAGCCCCCACUAAAAGAUAAUUUCAUUCCAGAUUGGAAAUGACGUUUUAGUUUAUCAGAUUGGUAACUUAUUGCCUGUUGUCCAGAUUGGCACAGACCUUUUCUUCCAUUGAAUUAUUUCUUAGGAUUUUGCUUUGAUUGUGUUGAGUCUUAGGUCAUUUCUUUCAUUACUGAAGCAGAUGUUUUAAUAUUUAGAAGAAGAUAUUCAUCUUCCAGAUUUUGUUAUAUAUUGGAAUAUGGCUUAUGUUGCUUACAAUUCUCAGGGAUAGACUUACUUUUGCUAAAUGCAUUCUUUCUCCUUUUAGAAGUGUAGUCCUAAAAAACACAUCUCUUGAACACACUCACCUUUUUACUUUUUUUUUACUUUAUUUCUUGGAAGCAUCAUUUUCAGAGAGAUUUUAUUUCUGUAAUUUUUUAAAAACUUUCUAGAAGAGGAGGACUGUCCUGCAUCCACAGGCAGAUGUCGAGUGAAGAAGGGUGGCCCAGUGGCCCUGGGUGGUGGCAGUCAGGCUGCCUCCCGAGGGGAGGAGCGUGUUCCCAUCCCGUGCCUGUGUCCGCUGGGUGAAACCUCCCGUCCGGGCAGGCAGAGCCUUCACAAGGAUGUCUUGGGUUCUCUGAACAUCUCCCUUCUCGUCUUGCUUCCAUCUCAUCCCCACUGCCACCCAGAAUCUGCCCUUGGUCCCAUGGAGCUAUCCCCCACCCCUGGAAGGCCUGUGGGCUGUGACCACACACGGGUGCACACAGCCACUGGCGCGGACCCGCCUCCGCGCUGUCCUUGAAGAUGUGAACGGGCGGUACGAUUUUAACCUUCGUUGUUUCACGCUCCAUCUCCCACUUUGUAAAUACUCAUUCAGAGGAGGACUUUGGUUCUGUGGGAAAGAACCCUAAACUCUGGAUUGCUAUGUGCCUGUGUGGACAGUCUCACCUUCCAGCACGAUAUGAGUUCAUUUUUGGUGUAAACUUUUGGGUUUUAUCAGAUUUACUUUGGUUUUAUUUUUCUAUCUUGACUUGUAUACAUGUGGAAAGUAUCCAAAUAAAUGAGAGGCUCCUAUCAUU